GUCAAACGUCAACGCGGGGUGGGCGGGGCGUACGGGAGUUUUGAACAUGGCGGAUAAAGAUAAGAAAAAGAAGGAGAGUAUUUUUGAUUUGUCGAAAUACAUCGACAAACAUAUAAGAGUGAAGUUCCAAGGAGGUCGUGAAGCGAGUGGGGUCUUAAAAGGCUUCGACCCGCUGUUGAAUCUUGUGUUGGAUGGCACCACUGAAUACAUGCGAGAUCCCGAUGAUCAGUAUAAACUGACUGAAGACACCAGGCAGCUCGGUCUGGUUGUAUGUCGAGGGACGUCCGUCGUGCUGAUCUGUCCACAGGACGGGAUGGAGGCCAUCCCGAACCCUUUCAUUCAACAGCAGGACGGAUAAUAUUCUGCCUUUUGUUCUUGUGUUGUAUAGAUGUCUGGUGAAGAAAACAGAUGGUUUUUGUUAGGUCUGAAAUCAUGAAAAAUGCAUUUUGUAUUUAGACUCAGGAUUAAUGUUUUUGGUUGGUUUUGUUUCUGUGGUUUAUGAGACUCUCUCUUUUGUGUGUGUGUGUGUGUCUUGAUUAUGGUUUGAAUUAUAAGGCAUGUUUUCUGUUCAUGAAAAUGGGUGCGUGAUGUUGCUCUAGUUGUUUUAUCAAUUUAGACAUUAAUAAACAUCUGGGAUGUAACUAUUUCUAAAUGAAGCAAAAACAAAGAUUAUGCCUGUACCUCAAAGGUGGGUCCCACGGGAUUACCUUCUCAGAAGGCUUUUGUACACACACAAGCAAGCUUUCAGUGAACAUCUUUGUAUGAUCUAAAUGGAAGCUGUAUUUUGAAGGUCUUGGGUUCUGAGACACCUUGAGAAAACAUUUGUGUUUGCCUUUGUGGUGUUGUCUCCUCUGUUUUACACUCACAAAACUAAUUCCUAAGAUUAAAGACUCAGUUAUGGACCCUUCCCUA